AUGUCUACAGGGCAAGCGGCUCCGGCUCCCGGUGCAUCGUCUCCGGCCAUGCCACCCUCCUCUUCCCAGACUUCGAGGCCACAGCGGGUACUUGCCUGCGUGAUUUGUCAUGCACGCAAGGUUAAAUGUGACCGCAAGUUUCCUUGCUCCAACUGUGUCAAAGGCAACGUACAGUGCGUGCCGGCGGCAGUGACCCGUCGUCGGCCGAGGCGUCCACAGCCCGAAAAGGCCCUCCUGGAUCGCCUGCACCAAUACGAGGAGCUGCUCCGCAACAACAGUAUCAAGUUUGAACCGCUCCACAAGGCCCCGACUACCGAGACAGUGUCUCCAAAUACGGAGCAUGAGGCGGCGGGCUAUGCUUCGGACGAUGACCAGCCGCCGGAUGCUACCGGUACUCCGACAGACGCGCCAUCUCCUUCCACCACUGCCAAGUCCGAUAAACCACUGCAAUCUGUGGCCAAGAACUUCUGGCAGCUCGUAAACUCGGGGUUCCGGGACAGCACCGACAACGAAGCUGAUCACAUCGAGGAGGAUGUGCGUGCGGUUAUAGUCAGGAAGGCAUGGGAGCAGGCGACGGGGGACUCGAUAUUCCUUGCGCUUGGCUCGCGAGGAACGCCCAUCUCCCUCUCUUUCCUGCAGCCCGAAACCGUACAGAUAAUCAGGUUCUGGCAGAUCUACCUAGACAACGUCAACCCCCUACUCAAAGUCACGCACGCGCCCAGCUUGCAAGGCCGCAUCAUAGAAGCUAUCGGCAACUUGGGCAAUGUCAGCCCCACCUUGGAGGCUCUCAUGUUCGGCAUAUACUGUGUGUCCAUCAUAACCUUGUCCGCGGAUGACUGUCGAGCCAUGUUUGGCUCGCCGAAGGAAGAGCUCCUCACGAGCUAUCAAACAGCAUGUCAGCAAGCUCUAGUGAACUGCAAGUUCUUACAAACCAACGAUCGAGACUGCUUAACCGCUCUUUUCCUUUACAUGAUUUCGGUCAGUCCCAGCACGGAUCCAAUGACCCUGUCGUCCAUGCUUGGCAAUGCCUAUCGCAUCGCAUGUCGCAUGGGCAUUCACAGGGAGGCCAGUCUUGCGAAGUGCAGUCCCUUCGAGGCGGAAAUGCGCCGAAGGCUGUGGUGGUCCUUCGUACUCUUCGACAACCGCAUCGGUGAGCUGGCUGACAGCAAGUGCGGAUCGCUGAACCCUACCUGGGACUGCAAUAUCCCCCUCAACGUGAAUGAUUCCGACCUCCGACCAGAAAUGAAGGAGGCAGCGACACCCCAAGCCCAAGGGUACACCACUGACACCAUCCACGUUGCCGUCCGCAGUGAGUUUGGGAACUUCCUCCGUCACUAUGAUGCCUAUCUCGACUUCACCAAUCCAUCUCUAAAGCGCCUCACAAAAGACGCACGCGAUAAUGUCCCAGAGAUUCGCGAGUUGGAUGCCCUGGAGAAGAUGAUCGAGGAUACAUACCUCAAACUCUGUGACCCUGAAGUGCCACUCCACUUCUUCACUAUAUGGUUUAUGCGCGGGCUCAUUGCAAAGUGCCACCUUGUUACCGGUUACGCAAAAUCCAACCUACUCCGCGACUCUACCGCAGAGCAGGUCAUUGCACAGCUCGAUUUGGCGACUAAUUAUGCGAUGAGGGCGCUCGAGUGCGAUACAAAAAUAUCCAGCUCGCCCCUCACCAAGAAUUACCAUUGGGUACUCCACUUCCACUUCCCGUUCCCCGCCUACAUCCAGAUCGUCGUAGACCUGAGAAAACGUCCCUUCAGCAAGCAUGCCGAUCGUGUAUGGGAUCUCAUGAGCGACCAUUGCGAAGCCCGUUUCUCCUCCAGUGAAGGUGAAGUCUCCGUCCUGAACGCACUCUUCCAGGUGUUUUCAAAGACGAUACUUCCAGCCUGGGAUGAGCGAGAGGCAGCGGCAAAGGAGUCGCAAAAGCCAUUGGGCCCAACUCCCAGAAUAGUGACAUUUAUCAGAGACAGGCUGGACCGAAUAGCCCGGGAUUCGCAGGGUGGACAGGAUUCCAAUACCGCAAGGCAACAGGCCAGCGAUCUAAUGAACCUGGACGACGUGGACUAUUCCAUGUCGGUGCCCAUGACCAUGAGUCCGAACAGCUUGAAUACGCUGAACAAUCUCAUGUACGGUAUGGGGAUGGGGAUGGGCGGGCAAGCCGGUUCCCCGGGCACGAUGCCCGGGCUAUUCCCUCCGACACCUGCACCGAACUCAUUAGACAUCAACCAGGUGGACUGGGCUCCUAUGGGCUGGGGUCCGGGGGAGCGGCGCGGCUGGUGA